AUGUCUAAAGUGAUCCGUUUGAGUGCAUUGAACGGCCGAACCAAUGACUCACACCUAUUGGCGGCCAAACAUGUGUUAACCAGCGGUCAAGUGAUUGGUUUGCCGACCGAUACUAUCUAUGGUUUGGCCGUUUCGGUGCUCAACACAGCGGCCAUCAAACGGCUCUACCAACUGAAGACACGCGACGAGUCGAAGCCAAUCGCCAUAUGUGUGGCAGAUAUCGACCAAAUCGGCAAAUGGUGUGACACGACAGUCGGCUCCCAUGUGUUGCACGACUUACUUCCCGGUGCCGUCACUUUAGUCUUCAACCGAUCCGAUGGACUCAACGCUAACCUGAAUCCGGGCCACGAGUUGGUCGGCGUCCGAAUACCUGACCAUAACUUUAUACGCGAUUUGUGUCGACUCUGCGGUCCGUUGGGUCUGACGAGCGCUAACCUCAGCUCAGAGGCCAGUUGUCUGAAUGUGGAUGAAUUUCAGCACUUGUGGCCAGAGUUGGCCGCUGUGUUCGAUGGCGGACCUCUCGCAGUCAGCCUAGGCUACGCUAACCCUAGUUGA